CGUUAUAUUCACUUAAACAACAUAAUAUGAUACAAUAUAAUAUAUAAAUUAUCAAACAAGGUGUAACAACCAUGUAAAAAUUAUAUAAUAUGAAAAACGAUACAAUCUAUCCAAACGUUAUAUUCACCGAAACAACAUAAUAGAUACGAUACAAUACAAAUACAUAUUAUCAAACAAGGUGUAACAACCAUUCAAACAAAUACAUUUGUUUGUCAAAAUACAUUGCUUUAAAUGACAAAGUUUGAAACUUUUUAACUUCGUGAGGUUCUCUGUUUGUUUGUCUUUCUCUAAUUUGGAGUAAAAAAUAAAAUUGAAACUUUGGGUAUUUGAAGAGUUUUGUUAGUUGUGGCACAUAGAUCCAGAAUAUAUAUACAUAUUUUUCUCUUUAUAUUGUAUUUUUUUGCUUCAUUUUAAUGAUACACUUUUGAGUUUUACAUUGUUUAAUGUUAAAAAGAUUUGAUUUUUGAUUGGAAUAUUGAAUCAAGAAUGUCUUCAUUGAUUGUAACAUCAUGGGUGGUGUCUGCAUGCAUGUCUGGUGUUUGUGAAAAUGUGGAAAAAAAUGAGUCUUUUGGUAAUUUUAUGUUUAUUUCUAAGCAUAAUUGUAAAGUUGGUGGAAGAAAUAGGAAGAAAAUGAGAUGGGGUUUGGCUCAAUGUUCCAAGAAUGAUGGUUUUUGUUCAGUUUAUGGAUGGGAAAGUGGUAAUCUUGGUUGUUGGAGGAGUAAAAGAUUUAGUGGAAAUGGACAACAAGGU